GGGAUGUUACUGUGGAUCUAUCUGACAAGGAGUCUGACGUGGGACGUUAAAACAGGACACUGAGGAGGAGUUGGUACAUUUGAUGCAGGGAUGACACCACUGAUUGCCUGGCUGAUGGUGUUUCUCUGUGAUCUGACAGCAGGGGUGGAGCGUGCUGAGGUGAUGUGUCGUCGGUCCUGUGAGGAGCUGAAUGAUCUGUUAUCAGAGCUGCAUGGCCUCCACAUCGUUACCACUAGUCUGCUCCACGACCUUCAGAGAGCUACAGAGGAGAAUGAGGCAUUGCGUGAAGCUCUCUCUGAGCUGGGCAGCAAUUUGGACAGAGAGGGAGGAGGAGGAGGAGGAGGAGGAAGAGGAGGAGGAGGAGGGGAUGAUGAAGAGGAGAGAGUGUGUGUGCAGGACGGACGUGUGUAUCAGCGGGAGGAGGACUGGGUUUCAGACAGCUGCACAUCCUGUACCUGCCAGGAGGGGAAGGCAGUGUGUCGGCAGGUCACCUGUCCUCCAGUAACAUGUCCCAGUCCUUCCUUCACUGAAGGGGAAUGCUGCCCUGUGUGUCUGGGGUUGGGAAGUGAAGAUGGAUGGUCCCCAUGGUCGGAGUGGACGGAAUGUUCGGUCACUUGUGGGCGUGGCUUCCAGCGGAGAGGGCGAUCUUGUGAUGAUGUCUUCACGUCCUGUUCUGACUCCUCCCUCCAAACCCGCAGGUGCACCCUGGGAAGUUGUGAAAGCCGAGUGCGUGGGAACGGCGGCUGGGGUCUGUGGUCUCCGUGGUCUGCAUGUUCUGUGUCGUGUGGUUCAGGUCUCGUCGUGCGUGUUCGACUCUGCAACUCCCCCCUCUCUCAACGCGGGGGCAGCGGCUGCCGUGGCAACGCCACAGAGACACAUCCCUGCGACGCUGCACCCUGUCCAAUUGUCGGGGUCUGGGGACCGUGGUCUUCCUGGUUACCAUGCAGUGUGUCGUGUGGCAGUGGGCUGAUGAUUCGUCAGCGAGAGUGUUCUAACCCCGCCCCCCGGCAUGGAGGCAGGAAGUGUGUGGGAGAGACGGCCGACUACGCAGCCUGCGAUACACAGCCCUGUCCAAUAGGUAGCAGACAUAGACACACAGCUCUAACCCCACAACACAGCCUCGUUUAUUUAUCGUAG